GGCCAACGUGCCGACUGGAGCGACCAUCGGUGUGGUGGUGAAUUGUUCAUGCGGUGAUUCGUCGGUGUCAAAGGACUACGGGCUGUUCCUGACUUACCCUCUCCAGCCAGGGGAGACCCUGUCGUCGGUGGCUGCCGCUAAUGGGUUCGCUACGCAGGAGGAUUUGCUGCAGAGGUAUAACCCCCAGGCAAAUUUCAGCUCUGGGACAGGGAUCGUGUUUAUCCCUGCGAAAGAUACUAGUGGAAGUUAUCGUCCCCUUUCCUCAAGGACUGUCUGGGGGAGCUAUUGCUGGAAUUUCUAUAGCUGGAGUAGUUCUACUAAUAUUGGCUAUAUAUUUAUAUAUUCAUUUUCAAAGGAGAAAGAAGUUGAAGAAAGCCUCAUUGCUUUCAUCACCACCUGAAGCUUCCAUGUACAAGCCAGGAGUGGUUACAUCUCCAGCAGAUGGUAGUUCCCCAUUUGCAGGUAUUACUGUUGAUAAAUCAGUGGAGUUCUCUUAUGCGGAGCUUGCUGCGGCUACAGAUGAUUUUAGCCUGGCUUACAAAAUCGGAGGAGGUGGCUUUGGAGUUGUUUAUUAUGCCGAGCUUAGAGGAGAGAAAGCUGCUAUCAAGAAAAUGGAUAUGCAGGCAACUAAUGAAUUUCUUGCUGAACUGAAAGUCUUAACAAAUGUUCAUCACUUGAAUUUGGUGCGCUUGAUAGGAUAUUGUACUGAGGUUUCCUUAUUCCUUGUUUAUGAAUUCAUUGAAAAUGGCAACUUAAGUGAGCAUAUGCGAGGGUUAGGUAGAGAUCCUCUGCCAUGGGCCAUGAGGGUGCAGAUUGCCCUUGAUUCAGCCAGGGGUCUGGAGUAUGUCCAUGAGCAUACUGUUCCAGUGUAUAUACAUCGUGAUAUUAAAUCAGCAAAUAUAUUGAUAGACAAGAACUACCGUGCAAAGGUUGCAGAUUUUGGAUUAGCAAAACUCACUGAAGUAGGUGCAUCUUUGCAAACACGGCUUGUUGGCACAUUUGGCUACAUGCCUCCAGAGUAUGCACAGUAUGGUGAGAUUUCUCCUAAGGUGGACGUCUAUGCAUUUGGAGUUGUUCUGUAUGAACUUAUUUCAGCCAAAGAUGCAAUUGUAAAAACAGGCGGUUCUGUCACGGAAUCGAAGGGAUUGAUUGCUUUGUUUGAGGAGGCUUUCAGUAAACCUGAUCCCAAGGAAGAUCUGAGGAAUUUAGUUGAUCCAAGGCUCGGUCAGGACUAUCCAAUCGACUCGGUUCUUGCGAUGGCAUGGCUUGGAAAGAGCUGCACUCAAGAGAAUCCUCAGCAGAGGCCAACCAUGAGGCAAAUUGUAGUUUCCCUGAUGACACUAUCUUCAGCUACCGAAGACUGGGACAUCGGCUCCUUCUUUGACAACCAAGCUCUUGCCAGUCUCAUGUCUGGAAGAUAAUACACGCCGUCUCUCCCUAAACUGCAGUCGUCAUUUGUGAAUCUGUAAGCAUGGGACCUUUUGUAUCAUUUACCAAUAAUAAGUAACUUUAUUUUU